UCUCUGUUGUGUUAGUUGCUUACAAGAAUAUUUUGUUCACUCACUGUGUUUUGACUAUUUGUGUAGAACACCAAAAUGUUUUCCAGAUGAUGUUUUAAUGAUUUUUGAGUACUGGCACAAUAUUUAUAUUUAUUGUAUUUUUGAAUUUUAAAGGUUAAUUUUGAUAAAAUCAAAAUAAAGAUCAUUACUACUAGCAUUGAAAUUGGAAACAAAUAUCUACUUGGAGUGUACAGUUCUCGAUGGAAAGAGGAGUUAUGUGGUGGUUCAAUCCAUUGUUCCUGGGUUUGGUGACGUUGUUCCUCUACUUACCAAUAGCCUCAGGGAACACCAGACCACCUUUCACAUCUGUGGCUCAAGGUCGCUUGAAGGGUCGAUGGUUUGUUACUAGAGGAAAUCGUACAGUUGCUGGCUUCUUGGGCAUUCCCUAUGCCUCACCACCUGUCGGCGCUCUUCGAUUUAAGAGCCCCCAGCCGCCCAGUCCGUGGGAAGGAGUGCUCUCGGCUACAGAAGAUAAACCUGGAUGCCCUCAGAAAGCUGGCACCUCCAACAUUCCUCUUCGAGCAAGAGUGACCAGUGAAGACUGUCUCUAUAUUAGCGUCUAUACUCCAGACGUGAUGGCGAGUCAUAGACUGCCUGUAUUGGUGUACAUUUAUGGGGGUAGCUUUGAAGUUGGAACUUCAUCUAGUUCUUCUUACGGUCCUGACUAUCUCUUGGAUGAGGACGUCAUCUUGGUCGUUUUCAGCUGGAGAUUGGGUAUUCUCGGUUUCCUGUCUCUGGAACAUCCUGUCCUGCCAGGAAACCUGGGGUUGAAGGAUCAGAGAGCAGCCCUCCGAUGGAUCAAGGAAAAUAUUCCUCAGUUCGGUGGAGACCCAGAGAAGAUCACAAUAUUCGGGGAGAGUACAGGCGCUGCCAGCGUACAUUACCACUUGAUCUUCACAGCUCAUGAAGGUUUGUUCAGAGCUGGCAUUGCUGACAGUGGAUCUGCACGAUCUCCUCACGUGUUCCGACGUCCUGGCACACAGAGAGCUCUGCUGGAGAAACUCGACAACAUUACGAAGUGUCCAACUGAUCCUGUCCAACUUGUAUGUGGAUUAAAGGUUUGUUCAUAGCUGGCAUUGCUGACAGUGGAUCUGCACGAUCUUCCCACGUGUUCCGACACCUUGGCACACAGAGAGCUCUGCUGGAGAAACUCGUCAACAUUACAAAGUGUCCAACUGAUCCUGUCCAACUUGUAUGUGGAUUAAAGGUUUGUUUAUAGCUGGCAUUGCUGACAGUGGAUCUGCACGAUCUUCCCACGUGUUCCGACACCUUGGCACACAGAGAGCUCUGCUGGAGAAACUCGUCAACAUUACAAAGUGUCCAACUGAUCCUGUCCAACUUGUAUGUGGAUUAAAGGUUUGUUCAGAGCUGGCAUUGCUGACAGUGGAUCUGCACGAUCUUCCCACGUGUUCCGACACCUUGGCACACAGAGAGCUCUGCUGGAGAAACCCGU